UAUUAUUAUUAUUCACCGCCCGAGAGAUACAUAUCUGUUUGGAAGGAACGGAACGAAAAUAAACGAAACUUUCCGCUUCCACUCUCUUUUUAUCAUUAUCAAGCAUCGACUCAGACGCGCUAUUUCUCUCCUGGUGUCUCCUUCUCUCGAGUUCCUUUUGAAGCUUUGUGGCUUAAUUGAUCGCCACGGUCGGAGAUUUUUAACCAGAGCAGGAACGUAAUUCUAAUUAAAGUGGAGGUGCUCGUUUCACCACAUGAUCCGUGCAUAUUUGAGCUUUGUUUUUCAAUUAAAUUAGGAUUAGGGUUUUCUUCCCCUUUUCAGAAGCCCUAAAUUCUGUUGUAUUCUGUUCUUAUACUUAUAUUAUUUAUAUUGUACAAUUGAAUUUAGGGUUUUGUUUCUUUGAUUUUGGAUUUUCGUUUCUACAAGUUUCGGGGUUGCUUGUGUUAUGGUCCCAUUUCAUUGUAGCUCUCUUCGUCCAAUACUGUACAAUCAACGAUUAUUUCUCCAUUCUUAGUUUUUUCCCCUUUUCUAUUUUAUUUGCUUUUUUUUUUUUCUAUUUAAAUGUUUGUUUAAGGCAUCAUCAAUAAAUAUUGUGCCUGAUAUCCCCAUAUUCAAAACUCAGACAAGGAGAGAGAAGUGAAAAAAAAAGGAGAAUUACCAUUAAGAAAAACAACAAAAUAAUAAAAAUUUGUGAAAGGAAUUACAAAUGGGGAGCCCAGGAUUAAGCACCCGAAAUAAUGGGCAGCAGCAACAACGGCUAGGCAUUACGGAGCCCAUUUCCUUGGGUGGACCAACAGAGUACGAUGAGAUAAAAACCCACGAACUUGAAAAGUUUUUGCGAGAUGUGGGACUGUAUGAGAGUCAGGAGGAGGCUGUGAGCAGAGAGGAAGUUCUUGGGAGACUAGACCAGAUAGUGAAAAAUUGGGUCAAAGCAAUUAGCCGUGCAAAAGGGUUGAAUGAGCAACUAGUACAAGAAGCAAAUGCUAAGAUUUUCACCUUUGGUUCUUAUCGGCUAGGGGUGCAUGGCCCUGGUGCAGAUAUUGACACGCUUUGUGUGGGACCUAGACAUGCAACACGAGAAGAAGAUUUUUUUGGUGAGCUAUAUAGAAUGCUUUCAGAGAUGCCUGAAGUGACAGAGUUGCAUCCUGUGCCUGAUGCGCAUGUUCCAGUAAUGCAAUUCAAGUUUAAGGGUGUUUCUAUAGAUCUUCUUUAUGCAAAGCUGUCCCUUUGGGUGAUUCCUGAAGAUUUAGAUAUUUCACAGGACUCAAUACUACAAAACGCUGAUGAACAAACUGUCCGCAGUCUUAAUGGUUGCAGAGUUACUGAUCAGAUUUUGCGCUUGGUGCCAAAUAUUAAGAAUUUCCGAACAACCUUGCGAUGCAUGAGGUUUUGGGCAAAACGCCGUGGUGUUUAUUCAAAUGUUGCAGGGUUUCUUGGCGGUAUAAAUUGGGCAUUACUUGUUGCUCGUAUAUGCCAGUUAUAUCCCAAUGCAUUGCCCAAUAUGUUAGUAUCUCGGUUCUUCAGGGUAUACACUCAGUGGCGUUGGCCAAAUCCAGUGAUGAUUUGUGCCAUUGAAGAAGGUUCUCUUGGUCUCCCGGUUUGGGAUCCUAGAAGAAAUCCGAAGGACAGGUUUCAUUUGAUGCCUAUUAUUACUCCUGCAUAUCCUUGCAUGAAUUCUAGCUACAAUGUGUCAUCAAGCACUUUGUGCAUAAUGACAGAAGAAUUUCAGAGGGGGAAUGAGAUUUGUGAGGCUAUGGAGGCACACAAGGCUGAUUGGGGUACCCUUUUUGAGCCUUUUUCCUUCUUUGACGCAUACAAGAAUUACCUACAAAUAGACAUCAAUGCAGAAAAUGAAGAUGAUUUAAGAAACUGGAAAGGGUGGGUUGAAUCGCGUCUCCGUCAGCUUACAUUGAAGAUUGAGAGGCACACUUACAAUAUGCUUCAGUGCCAUCCGCAUCCGGGAGAAUUUACAGACAAAUCUAGACCUCUACGUUGUUCUUACUUUAUGGGUUUGCAACGUAAACAAGGGGUUCCUGUAAAUGAAGGUGAACAGUUUGAUAUAAGGUUAACUGUUGAGGAAUUUAAACACUCUGUCAACUUGUAUACCUUAUGGAAGCUUGGAAUGGAGAUCCAUGUAACCCAUGUAAAACGGAGGAACAUACCUAGCUUUGUUUUUCCUGGUGGCAUUCGUCCAUCUCGUCCGUCAAAAGCAACUUGGGAUAGCAGGCGAAGUUCAGCUGAAAAGUCAUCUGAAGCUAAAGGAGUUUCAGAUGGCUUGGAUGAUGGAAGGAAGAGAAGGCGAAUUGAUGAUAAUGUAGCAAAUACCAUGAAAAGUGCCAACUCCUCUGCUGGUGUUUCUUUCAGUGGGGAAGUUAAUGAGGGAAGCCCUUCUGUUGGAAAUGUCUCUGUAGGGAGUGGCUUUGUGAGUGCAAAUGGGGAGCCAAUGGAAGAAAAAUUGGAGAGUAAUAGAACAGAUGGUGUAAACAAUUCAAAAGGCUUAUCAGGGAAUCUUGCUCAAGAUGGGGAGCUUAAUGCACAAAGUAAAGAUUUGUUUGCCACCAAUGAUGCCCCUUUCUCUAAGGAGGCUGAGAAGCUGGCAAUUGAGAAAAUAAUGUCUGGUCCUUACAUUAAUAGCCAAAGUUUAACACAAGAACUUGAUGAGCUUGAAGAUGAUUUUGAAUAUAGAAAUCAGAUCAAAGAUUCAAGGGGUAAUAAAAAAGACAUCUCAGUGGAAUCUACAUCAGCAAAUAUGACAGCAACAUCAUUGGCAAAUGUAGCUGUAAUGCCAUCACAUAUAUCCAGCAAUGGAGCUGAUCUAUUUGCUUCGUUAUGUCCAAGUGGCGGCUUGGAGGAGCUUGAGCCUGCUGAGCUUAUGGCACCAUUAUCUAAUGGGUUCUGUUUUACUGCACCUGUGGCACAGAAGAAGCCGCAUAUAAGGCAUCUGGAUAUAUCUUGUUUUUGGCUCGCAGGUUGAACUUCACUUCUUUAGGUAAAGCUAGUGGCAAAAGCACAUAAAGGGAUGUUAAGCAUCAGCUGGAGCCAGUCUUGUGCUUGUGCAGUUUUUUUAUGAGAACCAAAUGAAAAAGAGAAAAAUUUUUUUUUCCCUACUUUUGUAACGUUGACAUCCUAUAAUUAAUAAAUCUUGAAUUUGCAAAUCAA